UGAUCGCUCCUGCCUAGCUGAGAUACUAUGUACCAGAGAGGGGGUCGCAUUCAACAUAGGACUUGGCACAGUAGACGAUAUGGCGUCAAAGGAACAACUGAUGGAGGAGUUUCUCACCUGCAUGGUAUGUGCCGAGGUGUUCCUGGAGCCUGUCACGCUGCAUUGCGGCCACACCUUCUGCACCAAGUGCGUCACGUCCUUCACUCUAACCCAGAAAGAUGCCAUGAGACAGAAGUGUCUGCCCUGUCCACACUGCCGUGGCCUGACCCAGGUACCAAACCCCCAUGAGCCGGAAGAAGAGUGGGCGGGGCAACUCAAGACGGGGUUCUUUGUGAAGAACUUAGUGGAAGCUAUAGUCGGGACUGAGAAUGAUGACCAAUUUUGUGAUAUCUGUAAAGGAAUUGGUAAGAAGCCUGCGCUUGUAUGGUGUUCUGACUGUAAGAAGAGGCUAUGUUCAGACUGUCAGUAUGUUCACGGGAAACGUUCAAAAAGACAUAAUAUAAGUCAAAUUAGUAGUAUAGACGAUACUACCGGAAGGGCGUCGAGGAUAUGCACAGAACACCCUGGUGUUGACGUGAACAGAAUAUGUCUAGACUGUGACAUGGUUGCAUGCCAAAGAUGCUGCACGACACGACACCAGAAAUGUGAUUCAGUUGUUGCUCUUGGAACCGUUCUACCCAAACUGGACAGUGUUCUUGUGAAACGCACGGAGGAGUUGAUGACAAGUAAGAGGAAAAGUAUUGAUGCAAUGUCAGAACCGGUUCUUAUCACCGAAAUCAAUACCAAAACAGAAAGGGAUUCAGAUGAUGUACAUUUGCAGGAUAUUGUCGUUAUGACGUCAGGAUCAGCCAAAACAAUCCUCGUCUUGGACACAAGAAACAAGGCUUUAAAGAAAUUUGAAUACGAUGGUGUUUUUCAGAAGGGUUACCAAUUUGAAAAGUCACCCUCAAAUAUUACAGCAUUGACAGAAGACAGAGCGGCCGUUUCUGUUCCUUUUGCAAACCAAAUUGCAAUUUUCGAAGUCUUCCCAACAAUGAACAAGAUCGAUUCCAUCACAACUUCUAAGCAAUACAUCAGUAUUGCAUGCUUGAGCCCUACUACCAUUGUGGCAGGUAAACUGCUUGGAUUUGGAGUAGAUAUCAUCGAUAUGUCUGGAACCGUUCUGAGCUCCUAUGGUCUUGGGAUGUUCACCACUCCGUCUUAUAUCGAGGUACUACCGACCAACGGUAUACUGGUGUCAGAUUUACAGCCAGGGUGCGUUAAGAGUGUCAGCAACGAAGGUGAACUCAGAUUUACGUCUGGACACUGUGGACAGUGUUCAGGAGUAGUUAGCUACGGAAGUGACAUCUUCUUUGUCGGUGGAGGGAGCGUAAAACAGCUCAAUGAAGUGGGGGAGUUUGUCAGGGAUGUUCUCACUGUUGAUGAUGGUUUGAAUCAACCAAAGUGUAUCACUUUUGAUAAUGACAGCCUUAUGUAUGUGUCGGCCGACGAGGCAUAUGUAAAGGUGUACAGAUUUACAUAGAAAUUGGGGCGGCGGGGUAGCCCAGUGGUAAAAGCGUUCGCUCGUCACGCCGAAGAACCGGGUUCGAUUCCUGACAUGCAUACAAUGUGUGAAGCCUAUUUCUGGUGAACCCUGCCGUGAUAUUGUUGGAAUAUUGAUAGUACGGAGGGGACACUACAGGACAACAUACGGGUGUGAUGAGCGAUGUUAGGAGUGAGUGAGUGAGUUGGGUUUAACGCCGCUUUUUACAGUAUUCCAGUGAUAUCACGGCGUGUCAGCUUAAUGUGGGAGGAAAGCCCCAAGUCAUGCAGGUGUCAGACGUUAACCACUUCG